GCGAGCUGCAGAAGCAGAAAUUCGUUCUCAUCAUUCGCUGCAGUCAGCGCAACCGUUUGUAGCUGAGGUGUAACGCCGGUUUAUAACAUAACUUCUCAUAUUUAAUACCCUCACACAGCGGAUGUGUUGUGUCUUUCGCUGCCUGGAAAUUAAGCUCAAAGUGGGGUCGCCUCUUCGGGACGACUCGCUGAUUCCCACCCUCCGUGACGGACAUCAGGAAGACGCCAUCCUGACAGAAUGGCCGAACCGGAGCUUCUACUGGACUCCAACAUAAGACUAUGGGUGGUUCUACCCAUUGUCUUCAUCACAUUUCUCGUCGGCGUGAUUCGGCAUUAUGUGUCAAUUCUUCUGCAGAGCGACAAGAAGUUGACCUUAGAGCAGGUUUCAGACAGCCAGGUUCUUAUUCGGAGCAGAAUUCUCAGAGAAAAUGGAAAAUACAUUCCCAAACAGUCUUUUUUGAUGAGGAAGUUCUACUUCAACAAUCAAGAGGACGGCUUUUUUAAGAAGACCAAAAGGAAGGUUGUUCCACCAUCUCCCAUGACAGAUCCCAGCAUGCUGACAGACAUGAUGAAAGGUAAUGUCACCAACGUGCUUCCCAUGAUCCUCAUCGGUGGCUGGAUCAACUGGACCUUUUCAGGAUUUGUAACAACUAAGGUUCCCUUCCCUCUCACGUUGCGGUUUAAGCCCAUGUUGCAGCAAGGAAUAGAGCUGCUCUCAUUAGAUGCUUCCUGGGUGAGCUCAGCUUCAUGGUAUUUCCUGAAUGUCUUUGGACUGAGAAGCAUGUACUCGUUGAUAUUAGGUCAAGAUAAUGGUGCCGACCAGUCGAGGAUCAUGCAAGAGCAGAUGAGUGGUGCUGCCAUGGCCAUGCCUGCAGAUACAAAUAAAGCUUUCAAAGCUGAGUGGGAGGCACUAGAGCUGACAGACCACCAGUGGGCGCUGGAGAGCGUGGAGGACGAACUGAUGAGCAGAGAGCUGGACUUUGAUGGCAUGUUUAACAAGGACCUGCCAAGUGGCAUCUUCUGAUCGCCUGAUAAGAAUUUAGUCAUUGCAGGGAUUUUUUUUUUGUCUUUUCAUGAUGUGCAACGUUUACAAGUUUAUGAUCUUUGUCCUUUCAAAUAUUUCUUUUUUCUUCCACAAAAACAUUUUAACUUCCUGAAAUACGCUGUCCCUCUUUAGGUUUCAUGUCUAUGAAACGUAUUUGAUUUGCUAUUUUAUUUUCAAGAUGAGGACAUAACUUUGGAGAGCUGAAAGGACUUAUUUGUCACUGAAACAGCGUUAUUAUUCUCUUGUAAGUGUAUGCAAUCAUAACAUUACUGGGCACAGUCCUUUUUUUCCAUGUACAGUAAGACUGUUUCCAUUUUAAAAAACCAUCAUGGGUUAAAAACCGGACAAAACACAUUGUAACAUGAUAAACUAUUUAAUCACUAUUGGUUGAUUUCAGAGCAGUUGUUUUUUUUUUUUUUUGUCUCUAAAGGUUGGAAGCAAACCUGGGAGCAGCUGAGGUUAGUGUGUGUUUAAUAGAAAUGUUGUGUUUUCAGUUAUCUAGGCGGUUAAUUUUGUACGGUUAAAGAUUACUUUGCAUUUUGUAAAGUCUAGAAAAUGUUUUGAUUAAAAUAUGUUUCUCCCA